AUGGGCGAUGCGAAAGUAAAACCACAACCCUUUUUUGGGACACCGUCUCACCAUCAUCAUCAUUCUACUCAUAUAAAUGCGAGUCACGAACUACCCUCUGGAACAACAUCGAAGGCAACCCCAUCAGCACCUAUGGCAUCAGCUGUAAUGGAGCCUAAACAUGCUACCAGUGGGCUGAUUGGCAGUGGAAGCGCUCAGCAAUCGACGAAAGAAGCUAUGGCAGUGACAGCUGGCGGACUGACUGCUGGAUGCAUUACUGUUAAGGAUAAGAACUCCUCUAGUUUGAAAUACGAGCAACUAAAGCUCCGAAAACAGGAGCUGGAAAAACGACUAAAUGAAAAAUAUAGCCAGUUGCAACAAGUCAAACGAGAGGAGGCACAGUUGAUUGGGAUGUACCCAAGUGAUUUUAGUUGUGGGAUUGGUCCAUCCAACUCAUCCGACGGAUUAAACGGUACAUCAGGGUCUGUUGGCGGAUCAGCUAGUAGUAACGGAAUAGCACCGACAUUGAGACGUAAAAUUGGCACCAGUUUUAAACUGCCAGAAAAUCUGCUUAACAAUAAGGAAGAUGAUAUCAACAAAUUGUUGUUAGAGAAACAAAUACAACAACAAAUAUCGGAGGCGUCACUACGGCUUGCAAAUGAUAGUGGUCAGCCCAAAUCGGUUCGCAGAACGCACAAACAAAAUUUUGAAAUGGCACAACAGAAACUACUAGCGAUAAACCAAAAUUUGAGUGUGCUCAAAAAACGCCAACAACAGCAAAAGGAGCAACAGCAGCAACAACAAAAGGAACAACGUCAACAACUUCAACAACAAGGACAGCAUCUGAACGACCAUAAACUAACGGCAAGGGAUGAUAUUGAUUUACAUAAAACUGCUCAGGCAAACAGAUUUCGUUCGAACAGUAACAGUAGUAGCAUGUUAAUACAUCUGUCAGAGAGAAGAAACUCUGUGAAAUCUAACACCUCUUCUAACGCUUCCGGUAGCAUUGUUGGACAUCAUCUCUUACAACAUCAACAUCAUCAGCAACAGAUGCUACAAGUUCAGAUUCCUGGGGGACACUAUCAUCUCUCCCAGCAGCAAGUGAAUCAUCAAAGUCAACAAAUAUCUCCAUAUUCAAUACAUAGCGGUAUCAUUCCGUCCGGUUCGCAGAGCAUGACGUCCGCUGCCUCGGCUGCAAUGAUAUCACAGCUCAGCAUGUUGCGCCAACGAGCCCGGACGGAUAGUUUCCCCGGGAUCGCAAAUAGCUACGAAUCCGUAUCAGCUGGUUCCGGCACGACGGAACCCAACUUAAAAAUAUCCCCACUAAGCGGGAGUGGGAGCAUUGCGAGUGGUGGCAGUGCUAAUCAUCAGCAAUCCUCCACCGUAAGCCAUCAUCAUGUGCAUCAUCACCACCACCAAAUGGGCCCAGGUCCGGCAAGAAUGAAUAGGCUGAUUCAGCAACAAAUAGGAGUUAAUUAUAGUCCUCCACUAGCCUCCGGAAGUAGCACUACUACAGGAUAUGUCCUUUCACCAACAGCAAUAGGAGCAUCGCCUAGCGGCAGCAUUGGAGGGCAGGCGUUCGUUUAUGAUGCGAAGGUCAUCUCAAGGCUUCAAGGCGGUGGCAACGUUAAUAAUAACCCUCGUUCACCUCAAGUUCCAUCAUCGUCGUAUGGACCUUCAUUUAACGAUCAAAACCACUGUCCCAACACGAUGCUCGGUAGAAGUCAAAAUGGUACCGUGGUUACAGGGCAUGAUUAUGGAGAUCAGGACAUUUCCAUAGCAUCUGUUCCAGCCGGCUUGGGUGGCUAUUGGAUGACGCUGGAGAGCGGAGAGAAGAUUUGGUGCCCGGUAGACAAUCGGCAGUUUUCAAGUCUGGAUCGUAAAUCACAAAGUGGCGGCGCCGGAGGUAGUAUGAAACUGUCCAGAACAAGCACCAAACUGAGCGGAAACAGCGGCAAGUCAUCCAGUUAUUUUGCUACAGCGGGCCCUACCGUUAAAUCGUCCUCGUUAGGUAACUUUCAGGAGCACAUUGGAAAGCCGAUGUCGCAGGACGACAAUGAAUCGAUGACAUCCGUACAACCUGAUGCGAUUUCUGUCACGUCUGGGUCAAGUGAGCAUAAAAAGAGAGAGAAAGUGUGGCGAGAAACAUCUCUCGAUAGCCCGAUAGUGAAACAAAAAGCACUACCACCUGUACCAUCAACAGAUCAAAUGUCUCCUUCGUCGAUCGGUAGUGGUCAUUUGAUAAUUUCUCCACAAACACCGAUUACAGUUCAAACUCCUCCCUACGUGUCGACGACGAUGAAUUAUCCGCCUACCACACCGCUACACAUCAAUACAAACGUUUCUGGUUACAGUGGACAAUAUUCGCCCUUACUGUUGUCUCCACAACAUAUGCGAUAUUGUGAGCAACGACAACAGCAGAUCAUUGAACAGCAACGGCAAAGGAUAAAACAGCAACAGAGAUCAAUGACGGAAGAACAACUAAAGCAACAAUUUCAAUGCUCUAGGCAAAACGAGCCUAUCUCUUCUGCGAGCAGCAAGCAAUUGAUCCUGUCAUCGAUCGGAGCAACUACGACAACUACUGAUGCAUAUUACAAUGGAUAUUCUCAUCAACAACUGCCACAGGAGCAACAAAUCCUGCCUCACUAUCACUCUCGGCAUCAACAACAUCCUCCACCUCCUCCGUUGCCGCCGCAAAAUCAGCAUCAUUAUCAGCAUUCUCUUCAUCAUCAGCAACAGCAGCACCAGAGUCGUUUGCAGCAUCCUCCUUCCUCGCCACCGCAGCAAGUAGAUCUCUUGUCACAUUCGUAUACCCAUCACCAUCGUUUAUCACAGCUUCAUCAACACCAUCAACAGCCGCGUCAGGACGCUGGUUAUUAUCCCCAUGCUCUCCAUUUAUCCAGCACGCUCUCCUCGCGCCAUCCUGAUCUCGUCAUAUCGCCAACACUUUCGCAAACAUCAUCGCACACGCUCACCUCACCCUCAUCGACAACUGUUGUACAGGCAUUACCAGUCGUUGGCGGUCUCGAAGACAAUGGAAUUGCUGAGGCAUCGUCUCCGUCGUCUUCCAGUAAAGCGCCACCAUCUGAUAUUCUGAUGGAAUCACCAAAAAACAUGACCGUUGUGCAGCAAGGAAAGAUUAUGCCUUAUAAGGAAGUGACGAAACCUUUUGAGAUGUCUGAUUUUUAUAAAUACUCUACGAAAUACAGGCAAAAACAACAGCAGCAGCUUCAGCAACCAUCUCCAUCAGAGGUGAGUAGUCCAGAGAACCACGAUUGUGAGGCAAACGGAUCGUCGACGAUGGGACCGCAGGCUGGUGAUGGAAUACAUAAAGGUGUUUAUCAGCCACCUAAUCGUUCAAUUUGCCAGCCGAUUGUAAAUAACUACAAUUAA